CAUAUAUUUUGUGUGAUGUGGGCAUCACACACUCUGCGGUUCUUGGGGAGAUCAUUGGCAGUGAAGUUCCUGUAUGUGGCAAGGGCAAGGGGAAGCGGAAGCGUUCUUGGGACGUUUCCAGCUGACACCGCUCCCAUCAUGCCUCAGACCAAGACUCAAGACAUGGGCUCUGCCUUCAUCCAGACGCAGCAGCUGAAUGCUGCCAUGGCCGACACCUUCCUAGAGCACAUGUGCCUGCUGGACAUCGACUCCGAGCCCACCGUCGCUCGCAACACCGGCAUCAUCUGCACCAUCGGACCUGCUUCUCGUUCCGUUGAGACGCUGAAGGAGAUGAUAAAGGCCGGAAUGAACAUUGCGCGUAUGAACUUCUCUCACGGCACCCAUGAGUACCAUGCCGAAACCAUCAAGAACGUGCGUGAGGCAACUGAGAGCUUCCAGCCCGGCAGCAUCCAUUACAGACCUGUGGGCAUUGCCCUGGACACCAAGGGGCCAGAGAUCAGGACUGGACUCAUCCAGGGAAGUGGCACUGCUGAGGUUGAGCUGAAGAAGGGGCACAUGAUCAAACUCACCCUGGACGACAGCUACAAGGACAACUGUGAUGAGGAAACUCUGUGGCUUGACUACAAGAACAUCACCAAGGUGGUCCAGGUCGGAAGUCACAUAUACAUUGAUGAUGGUCUGAUGUCACUCAAGGUCAGAGAGGUCGGUUCCGACUACCUGGACUGCGAGAUUGAGAACGGCGGUUUGCUCGGCAGCAAGAAGGGCGUGAACCUCCCCGGCGCCGCCGUGGACCUGCCCGCCGUUUCCGAGAAGGACAUCCAGGACCUGCAGUUCGGCGUGGAGCAGGGCGUGGACAUGGUGUUCGCCUCCUUCAUCCGCAAGGCUUCCGACGUGCAUGCCGUCAGGAAGGUUCUGGGCGACAAGGGCAAGGACAUCAAGAUCAUCAGCAAACUGGAGAACCACGAGGGUGUGCGCAGGUUUGAUGAGAUCAUGGAGGCUAGCGAUGGCAUCAUGGUGGCCCGUGGAGACCUGGGUAUUGAGAUCCCCACAGAGAAGGUCUUCCUGGCCCAGAAGAUGAUGACUGGCCGCUGCAACAGGAUUGGCAAGCCAAUCACCUGCGCCACACAGAUGUUGGAGAGCAUGAUCAAGAAGCCCCGCCCAACCCGUGCCGAGGGCAGCGACGUGGCCAAUGCCGUGCUGGACGGUGCUGAUUGCAUCAUGCUGAGCGGGGAGACUGCCAAGGGAGACUACCCUCUGGAGGCAGUGCGCACACAGCACAAGAUCGCCAGGGAAGCGGAGGCGGCCAUGUUCCACAGGCAGGUGUUCGAGGAGCUCCGCCGCACCACCCACCUGACCCGCGACCCCUCCGAGGCGGUGGCCAUCGGCGCCGUGGAGUCCUCCUUCAAGUGCUGCGCCAGCGCCAUCAUUGUGCUCACCAAGACCGGCAGGUCUGCCCACCUGAUCUCCAAGUACAGGCCCCGUGCCCCCAUCAUUGCCGUCACCCGUAACGAGCAGACAGCCAGGCAGAGCCAUCUGUAUCGCGGUAUCUUCCCCGUGCUGUACAACAAGCCCGCCCACGACGUCUGGGCCGAGGACGUCGACCUUCGCGUCAACUUUGCCAUGGAGAUGGGCAAGGCCCGCAUGUUCUUCAAGUCUGGCGAUGUGGUCAUCGUCCUGACUGGCUGGCGCCCCGGCUCCGGUUACACCAACACCAUGCGCGUCGUCCUUGUGCCUUAAAACCCUCCAGAGGACUACGCCGACCCUCCCCCUCCCCCUAAUCCCCCCCGCGCCCCCCCCAGCCCAGCAGUGGGGGGCCCCUUCACUGCUGUGGCCAGCUGACUCAUACACCCAACACUUCAGACGAUCCAAACGAAGGAACCCAGGGCCCCGUGCAGUGGGCCUUUGGCUGCGGCUUCACCCAUUGAACAGAAACUGUCCACACUCCAGAAUGCCUCAUGCAGGUGUGUUCUCCACUGUAUCCCGGUCUUCAGGACUCCUCUGUGCUCACUGCCAGGAACUCAAUUUAUUCUCAGAAAAAAGCUCCUCUGUAAAUAACACUCACAGUGAAUCAGUCCAGAUGGUUGUCUUCACCCCUGCCUGCUCUGUUUGAAGAGAGGGAGAGAGUGCUGCUCGCACCACACCUUCCAGAUGUUUGCAAAUGCUCGUCAGGCGACAAAAUGGCAGCUUCUUAAAGCAAAUCCCUCCUCUUAACAGGGCAUUAAUAUUCUGCCCUUCUCUUGAACAGAGCAGCAUGUGUGUUCCAGUUGGUUUGUCCUUAGGCUAUGCACUGUAUGGACUGCAUCUGAACAUCACUCUCUGCUGUAUUUUAAUGUUGCGUUAGCAAAUCGCUGUCAACAGUGUUACAUUCUGUAUGAUAUUUGACUUUAGUGAAUGGUGAAAUUGGAUGAUGGGCAGUCAAUAUGGCUUUAUAUAUAUGUAUGCAUUUUAUUUUAUUUUUACUCAGGAGAAACUGUCACUGUUGGAUGCCCAUAAUGGAUUUGACCAUGAUCAUUUUCUUUCUGUGUAUUUCCUGUGAGUGAAGGGAAAGUAAAAGAAAGUAAAUUUGCAUUUAUUUGCAUCUAAUUUACAUUUUCUGUAAGAUGUUACAUUGUACACUGAAAAUGGAUGUUAUUUUUCUUUCUUUUUUGCCAGCCCCUUUCUCUUUCUUUCACUGUUUAUUUGUUCCACCUUCCCCGUCUUUUCAAGCUCAAUUCUGUUCCUCUGCCUAUCCUUCUUUUUCCACCCAUUUCUGACUGAUUGGUGUAAAGGUCUGAUCAUAACUGAUGGGAAAUGGGUUGUAUAUAUCUGGUGCACUGGGUGUUCCUGAAUGACUGGAUUUCCAUCAAUAAAAGAGAUGAGCACCUGA